AUGAAGAUCAUGAUGCUUCUGCCCAUCUCGGAGGUUGAGGAGCACAGUGUGGAAGCUGGAGGAGCUGAACACGCAGCGCCAGCUGAAGCUUGGGCUCUGAUCCUCUGGGCUGGAGUGAACUGUGACCCAAAUAACAACCAAGCAAGAGGCAAACGAUCAGUGGCCUUGAAUCUGAAGAAUCCCAAAGGUGUGGCUGUUUUGAAAAGACUGUGUGUCCAGUCAGAUGUGGUUCUGGAGCCCUAUCGUAAAGGUGUUAUGGAGAAGAUGGGAUUAGGUCCUGAAGAUUUACUAAAAGAGAAUCCGCGCCUGAUUUAUGCACGACUCACCGGCUACGGUCAGAGCGGAUCCUACACCAAGGCUGCCGGGCAUGAUAUCAACUACCUGGCCAUGUCAGGGUUACUUUCCAUGCUGGGCCGUAGCUCAGAGAAGCCCUACGCUCCACUGAAUUUGGUGGCAGACUUUGCUGGAGGAGGUCUCAUGUGUGCUUUUGGGAUUGUGUUGGCUCUCCUGGAAAGGAGCAGGUCAGGACAAGGCCAGAUCAUUGAUGCCAGCAUGGUGGAAGGUGCCGCAUAUGUCGGCUCCUUCAUGUGGAAGUCCCGUAGCCUCGGUCUGUGGAAUCAUCCUCGUGGGGAAAACAUGCUGGAUAGUGGUGCUCCAUUCUAUGAUACGUACCGUACGUCUGACGGAAAGUAUAUGGCAGUGGGGGCGAUUGAGCCUCAGUUCUAUCAACAGCUUAUUCAAGGUCUGGUCUUAAAUGAUGCUGACCUGCCCGCACAGAUGAGUGUAUCUGAUUGGCCACAGCUCAGGCAGACAUUCACCCGGGUCUUUGCCACCAAGACGCAAGCGGAGUGGAGUCGGAUUUUCAAUGGGACAGAUGCCUGUGUCACCCCUGUGCUGUCAUUGGAUGAGGUACUCUCUCACCCCCACAACCAGGCACGGGGGUCGUUCUUCAAGGACUCUCAGAGGGAAAUUAGCCCCCGACCUGCACCCGUUCUAUCCCGCUCCCCCGCAGAGCCCUGCCACUCCCGGGACCCCUUCAUCGGAGAGCACACUCGCUCUGUGCUGAAGGAGUACGGGUUUGAGCAAGCACAAAUAGAACAGCUCUUGUCUGCCGGUAUCAUAGAGUGUAACGAAGCUAAAGCGCGUCUAUAAAUCAAAGACUCUGACUGGAGAAUCAUUACACUUUGUGGCCAGUGAUGCAGCACGGGAAUCUGAGCAUUUCAACUCCUCUGUCUCGAGUGUGAGGGGGCAUUUCAGAACAAAAUUACUCUCCCUUGUGAAUCAGUGGGUGCUGCUGUCGAAGUGCACUAAAUAAUCCUGGACUUUUCGGUUAAAAUUUCCAAAGCAUUCAACUCAUAUUUGUAAUUGCUGCGGUGAAAGUCAAGUGGGAUUUAAAGGCUGUUGCAAAUAUUCUGUAUUAAUCUUAACAUCCCUAUUUUUGUCAGCAACCUCAUUCAACAAAGAUAUUCAAUAUUGACUUAUUUUUUUAAGACUGUUCUGAAUUAAUAAUAGGAUUGUGAGGGCAUUUUAUUUGUAGUUGAUUAAAGUGUACCACUUUUGGUUCUGAAUUGAAAUCCUUGACUAAUAAGUGCCUUUAGCAAGAAUAGCUGAGUGUGAGUCAUAGACUAAUUAACUGAGUGAAAUAUUUGCCUUUGCCUAAUUGUUAGGCAGCGCUGAUGAGCCAAGAUAAUGGUAUUAGGAUAAAACCAAUUAAUGAUUCCGCUUAAGAUGAAGUUUUCUGUUGUCAUAAUAUCGCUACUUGUAUAAAAUGUAACACUUGUUCAACAUGGUAGUGGGCUUUUAAUAAUACAGAUAGCUGUUUUAUGGCCUGUAUUUACUAUUUGUAAUAGGGUCAGUAAGUUUUGUUUUUGUCACUUAAGGCCAAUUCACACUGUACUGACAAUGACAACAGACACGUUUGUUGGAUCAA